UAAACGUCUACAGGAAGUUUAUCCCAGGCAUGUAUAAAGACGCUUCCUGUGCUCUUCUUGAGAGAAACAUAUUUUGAAAUAUUCAUGGCUUAACGUUACGUGAAGAUACACGAAGUAAAUAAACAGUAGCCCAAGAUGAACUACGUACCAGGGACGGCAAGCCUCAUAGACGACAUCGACAAGAAGCACCUGGUGCUGCUACGAGAUGGCAGAACACUGAUCGGUUACCUCAGAAGCAUCGAUCAGUUUGCCAAUUUAGUUUUUCAUCAGACAGUCGAGCGUAUCCACGUGGGGAAAAAAUUUGGCGACAUCCCCAGAGGAAUAUUCAUUGUGAGAGGAGAGAAUGUGGUCCUGCUGGGAGAGAUAGACGUGGAUAAGCCCUGCGACACAGUCCUACAGCAAGUUUCCAUUGAAGAGAUUCUGGAGGAGCAACGGUUGCAGCAGCAAGCCAAGCAGGAGACGGAGAAAGUCAAAAUGCAGGUCCUGAAGGACCGAGGCCUUUCCAUCCCCAAAGCCGAUAACUUAGAUGAAUACUAACACCGCCUUCAUUUUCCAUGAGCCUCUUUCUCAGUUUGUAUGGGACUGAUAAGUUUUUCUGAUGAGUUUGAGUUUCAGAGAGCAUGACAGUGUCGUUUUUAUGGGUACAUGGCUCCAUCACGCUGGGCCUAUUCAUUGUAUUUGUACUGUAUGAAUUUCAUUUGAAUUAGUUGGAGGGGAAAAAAAAAAAAAAAGAUGCUCUCGGUUUUGCAGAUCAUGGUGG